AUGUACCGCGAUUGGGUAUGGGACGCAGUUCAAGCUAUUGACAAAUAUUGCAGAGUAGAUGGAGGAUUUGCGGGAUUGCAGAACGUUUAUCAUCCUGAGCAGGGUUACGACAAUGUGCAGCAGUCCUUCUUCCUGGCCGAGACACUAAAAUACGCCUAUUUGACGUUCAGUGACAAAAUACCGUUGGAUCGAUGGGUUUUCAACACUGAAGCGCACCCACUACCUGUGAUGAAUGGAGUGCGUACGCCGCAAUAG